AUGGAUUAGGAAUAUGACUUGUAAUUACAGGUGACCCGUAGUAAAAUAAAUCAAAAAAGUUCAAUACCUAGGUUUGCAUUUUAGAACAACCAACAAGAUUUUGAUGAAUCUUUAAAACAUUUAUCAUUAUAAUAGACUAGAAUUACCUAAUUGCCAGAUGGGUUGUAGAAACUUAGAAAAUUGAUAUCUUUGAAUUUGAAUGAUAACUACAUUAAAUAAAUAGAUUACAAUAUUUUAGAUGGAUUAAAGAACUUAGAAAUAUUGUUCAUCAGAAAUAAUCUAUUAUAAGAAUUCUAAUUUGGGAGAUUCCUGCAUUUGUAAUAACUAGAUUUAUCUCAAAACCAUAUUAAGAAGAUUUGCGCUGAAAUAGGAGAUUUGUUGCAAUUAGACCAAUUAUUCAUUUCCCACAACAGCUUCGUAGAAAUCCCUAAAAGCAUUACCAAACUAAAAUGUAUUAAAAUGAUUUAAGUAGACACUUUAAAUGUUUUCUAAUUAGAUUGGUUUAAGUAUGGGGAUCCAGGAGUUUAAGAGUUGUUUCAAUCUUAAGAUCUGAUAUAUUAAUUAUUACAUACAAUAGAGUUAUGCUGCAUAGGAGAAACAAUAUCGGCAAAGUAAUUGUUAAGUUCAAUUGCAUUUAAACAAUUUGCCUUAAAGUAUCAGGAUAAAGACAUAUAGAUCCAAUAUAAAAUCCAUUAGACAAUUUUGGAUGAAGACAUUGGGAUGCUGAGAACAUUCCUUUCUGAACCAAAAAAAUUUUAAAUUGAUGAAAUCAAUCAAGAAGACUACUCUCCUUUAGGAUUGUCGAUUUGGGAAGAGAAAUACUUAGCAGCAAGAUACUUAUUGUAUGCAAAUGCUGACCCAAAUAAAGGAGCUUCAUGGGCUAAGAGUUGUUUGAAUAUUGCAGUAUCAAAAUUGUAAUAUUAUCUUGUAUUUGAUCUAAUCAAGCGAAAUGUAGGAAUGCAUGAAUUGGAUAUAUAUGGUAAUAAUUGUAUUCAUUACUUAUUUUGUGUAUAUCAAAUGAAUGAAGUGGAGGCUCAAAAGAUUCUUUAAUUACUAUUAAAAAACGGAGUUAAUGGUAAUCAUAUAAAUAACAAUGGUUAUACUCCAAUUCACCUAGCUGUAUCAAAAGGAUACAUCUAAGUGAUUGAGUAUAUCUAUAAACAGAAAGAAUACAAAUUCAAUUUUAGAUAGAAAACCUAAAAAUAAAAGCAUAAUUGUUUACAUUUGGCAGUUCUAACAAGGUAGAUUUAUAUUGUCAAAUUUUUUAUUUAUAAAUUUCCAGAGUUUAUAUUUUAGAAAGACUACCAUGAUCUAAUUCCAAUAGAUUAUUUAAAAAAUGAUCUCACUAUCUACAAGUAUUUAAAGGGCUUUUAAAAAGUGGAAAUUCAACAUAUUCUAACAAAAAAUGAGAUAUUUUAUAAAUCACAAUUAUCAGAAGAAUGUGAUGAUAUUUUAUCGAUAAAAGUAUAGAGCUUGGCCUAGUUGGAUAAUUUAGGAUUAGAAAAUAAGAUACAAACAACAAGGAUUAAUGAGAUCACAAGAUAGAUUCCUUUAUCUCCUAAUAAUCUUAAAAGACUAGAGGAGAAAAACACUCUGAUGAAUCCAAAAGACUCUCAAAGAAUUUAGUGCUAGUUAUAUAAAGGGAUUAAAAAGAUUGCAUAUGAAUUCGAUAGAUUAUAAUAUAAUAAUAUUGAGAAUUUGCUAAAUCAAGAUCAAUUCCAAGAAUAGGUUGAUGACUUAAUUUAAAUAAAGAAGCUGCUGUAUUAAUUAAAUUGCAUAAAAAAUAUUAUCGAUUCUAAUGAGAUCUAUAACAAAUAAUGGCAUUUCUAAUUGAAAAGCUUGAAAUACCAAAUUAAUAAGUAAAUAUAUAGUGAGAGAAAUCUAGAGGAUUAAAAAAAGGCUUCAAGUUAGCUAUUGCAAAUCUUCUUAGAAAUGAUUAAGAAAGUUGAAAAUUUAUUUAAAAAGAAAGACAAUAUUGGGAGUUAGUUGCAUGAUUUUAUCAGCACAUAGUUUCUAUCAAUUCAUUCUGGAUUUGGGUUGGGUAAAUUAGUAGUGUUUUUGGAACAAAUUCUUAAAGAAUCUAACUCAGAUGUGAACCACCUAGAGCUAAUCCAUAUUAAACUUUAAUUAAAAAGUUUAUUGGUAAAAUAUAAUAUUUUCAAUUAAAAAUAACUAAUGAAUAUAUUUACUAUUUGA